CUUUGUACACCGUGACCAGUUUGGCUGCAGCUGCAUAAUUCACUUCAACCGCAUCAACCGCAUCAGCUCUCACGAGCUCUCAGUAAUUCACCCCAGUCUCUCCGUAAGCUCUUUUCCGUAUAACUGACCGGCUCCUUAUCGCCAUCAUAUUUUACGCGGCAGGUCCAUCAAUCAUUUUUUACUGAUUUGGGGUUCUGUCAUGUCUCACUUGGGUGGUGGUUCUCUGUUGCUGGCCUGGCAACUGAAAGGAAAACAUGUGCUUAUCGUUGGCGGUGGUGAUGUUGCUUCUGGGCGUAUUGAAUCUGUGCUAGCUGCCGAUGCUCGCGUGACGCUUAUCAGUCCAAGUAACGGACUGCACACUCUUACCAAGUCUUUCCUCGAUGGACCCCAUAAUAUCACAUACCAUGACCGCCUGUUCGGAGGCGUGGAAGACUUGGCCGAUGUUGAUCUUGUAUUAACGGCAAUCGAUGAUGUGGCGCAGUCUCGUGUCAUUUGUUGCCUAUGCAGGGAGCUCAAGAUUCCCGUUAACGUGGCUGAUAUCCCGGAGUCAUGCGACUUUUAUUUUGGCUCUCAAAUCCGUGACGGCCCUCUUCAAAUUAUGAUCUCGACAAACGGGAAUAGCCCUAAACUGGCUAAUAUCAUACGGAAGAAGGUCGAGCAAAGCCUUCCAGAGCAUGCCGGAGAUGCAAUUACCAGGGUGGGUGAGCUGAGAGUGAAGUUGAAGGAGAGAGCUCCUGGAGUGGGCGGUGCAAUUGGGAAGAGACGGAUGCGGUGGAUGAUUGAUGUCUGCACUUCUUGGGAAAUGGAGGAGCUUGCUCUAUUGGACGAUCAGAUGAUAAAGAGGCUUCUUGACGAUGGCUGGGAGAAGAACGUAGUCCCAUCUCCUGGUGAGCUGGGAGCCAGGUCAUCCCGGCAGGUGUAUGAAGCCAAACUGAACCUCACGACCCCUGGCGUUUUGGUUACCACGUUGAGCUUUGUUGCAGGCGCUGCUUGCGCAGGUCUUUUAUUGCUCGUCCGACGGCGGUGAUCCUCGCGUAUGCCGCCCCGCCCCGCUUCAAUACAUACCUGAUCUUUUGUCCUGAAUUGUUUGGUUUAUUCCUGUUGGUGUACAACGACGACAAUCACUGUGAUGAAGCACGCUAUUCCUGGGUCAGAUCUAUUCACGAUUGCCUCUCCAUUAUCCUUGCCGACA